AUGGUGCGUGCGGUCCCACAAAUUGGAACGCGGUUUGUGAAGGAUCAGACAGUUGCUGUUCAAUCAGCGGAUACUGCGGUACAACAUCUGAAUACUGCAGCGCAGGAAACUGCAUCUCUGGUUCUUGCGAAACGACUGUCACCACGACAAAUGGUACUCGUGGUCCAAGCUGGGGUGAAACAACAUGCACAAAUCCACGCUUUGGCUCAUGCUGCUCGAUCCAUGGUUUCUGUGGCUGUACGACCAAUUAUUGCGGUCCAGGGCAUUGUUACUCCGGAGACUGCGACGGUGCCAACGGAGUACUAA